AUGCAUCGCCUGCAGCGUUUGCACCUGCACCUGGCUCAUGGCCGCAACUUCUCCCAGGCGACGGCCUCGGAGAUCGGCCAGUUCCUGGCCGCGCCGGGCUUCGCGGUGGUGGGUGCGUCGCAGGAGAGGCAGAAGUUCGGGAACAAGGUGCUGCGCUGCUACAUGCAGCACGGGCUCAGCGCGGUGCCCGUCAGCAUCACCCAGAAGGUGAUUGAAGGGCUGCCCUGUGUCUCCUCUCUGAAAGAUCUGGGGAAGGAGGUGUGCGACUACGGCGUCUCGGUCAUCACGCCCCCCAAGGUGACCUUAGGCCUCUUGGACCUGGCGAAAGACCUGGGCCUCACACGGCUCUGGCUGCAGCCCGGCUCCGAGUCUCCGGAGGUGCUGCAGCGUGCUGGCGAGCUGGGGCUAGGUCUCAUUCACUCUGGGCCGUGCCUGCUGGUGGAGCUUGGCUUCAACCCCAGCUGGGAACCAGCUCAGGCGCUGGAGGAAGGCCAAGCUGCUGACGGAGCCUUGAGCUGGAGGCUGGAUGAGAAGCAGGUCUUGACCCUGACCCUCUCCGACUCGCGGCGGCGUAACGCGCUGGGCCGGCCCGUUCUUCAAGGCCUUCAUGACGUGCUUCAGAAUAUAUCCCCCCGUGCACGGGUGGUGCUGCUGGAAGCUCAGGGGCCCGUCUUCAGCUCGGGCCACGACUUCGGGGACUUUGCGGCGGACUUGGGUGCCAGGGCGCAUGAGGAGACCCUGAAGCUGUGCUGCGAGGUGGCGCUGCUGCUUAAAAAGAUUCCACCGCCGACCAUCGCUGUGGUCCAAGGCUUGGCCACGGCGGCGGGCUGCCAGAUGGCCUGCGCUUGUGACCUGGUUCUGGCUGCAGAUACCGCCGCGUUUCAACUGCCUGGUGCCGCCAAUGGAGGAUUCUGCCACACUCCGGCCGUGCCCGUGGCAGCACGCGCCGGUAAACAGGUCGCAGCGGAGAUGGCGUUCCUAGCGCAGAAGGUGCCUGCAGUCCGAGCCGAGCGGCUAGGCUUGGUGAGCCAAGUGCUGCCUCGGGUGAAGCUAGCGAGCGAGGCGCGGAAACUGGCUGAAAGGAUUGCAUCCUUCGAUCCGGAGCAGAUCCAGAAAGGGAAGCAAGUCCUCAACGAGCAGGCUUCCAAGUCCACAUUGGAGGAGCGCUUUCAGGUCGCGCAGCCCGCAAUGCUGGAGAUGUUCGCCACACCGGCGAGCCAAAAGAUGGUGGCAAAGUUCCGGCGAUGA